AUGGCCUACCGCCUCAUAACCCAAGUCGUCCUAAUAGGCACGCGCGUCGUCGGCCGUGCCUUCGCCGAAGCCUACAAGCAAGCCUCCGCAUCGAGCCAGUACCAGCGAGCCCAAGCCAAGGCGGGGAACCCCGUCUCCGGGCGCGCCAGUCUCAGCAGCGGCAUGACGCUGGAAGAGGCCUGCAAGAUCCUCAACGUGAAGCCGCCACAGGGCGGCAAGGCGGAUAUGGAGGAGGUCAUGGAGCGGUUCAAGCGGCUGUUUGACAGCAACGACCCGAAGCAGGGCGGGUCGUUUUACCUGCAGAGCAAGAUUUUAAGGGCGCGGGAACGGAUUGAGGCGGAGGUGAAGCCGGCGGUUGAGAAGGCCGCGGUGGAGGCUGAGGCGAAGGAAGGGUGGAAUCCAAAGAUUUACAAGGAUAAGGGGAAAUAG